AUGGCACAAACACAAGGUCAAGGGACCUUCCUGCUCAGCUACUUCACCACCCUCACCCUCCUGCAGCUCCUGUCCAGUCCUAGCCCCGGAAGUGGCAAAUCCGACUUCAAGGUCUCUGGACAUGUUGAGCCCAUUGUGGCCUUGGUGGGGAAAGAUGCAGAGCUCACCUGCUGCUUGUCCCCCAACAUCAGCGCCAAGGACAUGGAGCUGCGGUGGUACCGGGACCAGCCCUCCCAGGCUGUGCACGUGCACGUGAAUGGCAGUGAUCUGCCAGAGGAGCAGAUGCCCCUGUACCAGGGAAGGACCACUUUCCUGGGAGUCCACUUGGCCCAGGGCAAGGCCACUGUGAAGAUCCACAACAUCUCACCUUCUGACAAUGGGACAUUCCACUGCCUCUUCAAAGAUGACACCCAGAUCAAUGAGGCCACACUGUGGCUGCAGGUGGCAGGUGGGGGCAGUUGUGGAACUUCUGGUCCGCCCCACCCCAAGAGCUUCUUCUUCAGUGUUUAGCUCCAGCUCUACACCACCUAUUGGACCCAAAGUUCCUAAACCUGAGAAUGACCAAUGACAGGCAGGGCUGCUGAGCAAAUCCACUUUCUAGAAGCUUCUAGUGUGUGGUCCUGGUGGUACUGUUCCUUCUCAUCACCCCACUGAGA